AAAUACAUCGAUACCGUAAUAUACUGAUAAGUUGAACUUUAAUUCUAAGAAAAUGUAUUUCUCUACUACUAUCACGAUAAUUUUUCUAAUUGGAUUUCAGUUCGUUGUUUCUAUACCAGAAACCGAUAACGAGCACGAAAUUAUACGAGGAAAUUGCUCAGAUCCUGACGAAAAUAAUUUAGUAUAUCAUAAUCAUGUGGAAAAAAGUGCCAUACCUUUUAUAAAAAGGGACGCGACAGUUGAAUAUCAUGGUGACAUUCCAAUAUAUUGUAUCUCGGCAACAUCGGAUUCAGUUGAUUCAGUUAUUAAAAUUGAGGAAGGAGGAAUCGAUCACAAUUAUGUAACUAUGCAAAUUACAUCUGGCAGAGGUAAAUCAUUGGACUACUACGUGUAUAUUUACGCUAAAGCUAAAUGAAAAAUUGAACUAAUUAUUCAACAAUUUCCUUGGUAUUGUAAAUAAUUUUUUGUGUAAAAAACAGAAUGGAAGUAAUAAUAAUUCUUUCCGACG